AUGUCUCAUGCCGAAGUUGAGUUCGCUGGCCACGGCUUUCAGAGUUUAAAAGUUGAUCUGAACGACGACUGUAUGUCAACUUCAGUUCCAUUGCUUCGGACGCACUCACUAAGCGCAAGAAGAAACUCUUACGUGCUUCACAAAAUAAACGUGGAUAUAGAACCUCAGCUAUAUAACGGGACACUUUCUAAAGCAAUUUCAUGGUCGGCGGAAAACAUCUUAUCAGAGAGUAGGACAGAAGAAAGUAAAGCUGAUUCUCCUCCUUGUGAGUCUCCCGUUUUGAGCCCGGAUGCCACGAGCACAAACCCCUCUUCACCGACAGAGAACUGGGAUGGCGCCGUGCAGAGCCCAGCGACACAAGAUGCCAGUUCUGACUCAGAUACUGAAGUUGUUAAAACUGAGCAGGUUAUACCUCGACGGACGUUUGAAAACAAAUGGGAGCAUGAUGAUAAGGAAGACGUUGAGACUAAAGCCGUGGCCACUUCGCCCGAUGGAAGGUAUCUGAAAUUUAACAUCGAAAUAGGGAGAGGGUCGUUCAAGACCGUCUACAAGGGUUUGGACACUGAAACGACUGUGGAGGUGGCAUGGUGCGAACUACAGACACGAAAGCUGACCAAAGUGGAGCGACAGCGUUUCAGUGAGGAGGUUGAGAUGCUGAAGGGACUUCAACACCCAAACAUUGUGCGCUUCUAUGACUCAUGGAAGUCCACUGUAAAAGGGCACAAGUGUAUCCUGCUGGUGACGGAGCUUAUGACCUCAGGUACUCUUAAAACGUACCUUAAGCGUUUUAAGGAGAUGAAACCAAAGCUUCUUCAACGCUGGAGUCGUCAGAUCCUUAAGGGUCUCCAUUUCUUGCACACACGCACCCCUCCCAUCAUCCAUAGAGACUUGAAGUGUGACAAUAUCUUCAUCACUGGUCCCACUGGCAGCGUGAAAAUUGGUGAUCUCGGCUUGGCCACACUCAAACGUGCCUCUUUUGCUAAGAGUGUAAUCGGGACACCAGAGUUCAUGGCUCCGGAGAUGUAUGAGGAGAAAUAUGAUGAGGCUGUCGAUGUUUAUGCCUUUGGAAUGUGCAUCUUGGAGAUGACUACGUCCGAAUACCCAUACUCUGAAUGCCAGAAUGCAGCUCAGAUCUACCGUAAAGUUACUAGCGGCAUGAAGCCAGACAGUUUCUUCAAAGUGAAGGUACCUGAGCUAAAGGAGAUCAUUGAAGGAUGCAUCCGCAUGGACAAAGAUGAGAGGUACACCAUUCAAGACCUGUUGGCACACUCAUUUUUCCAGGAGCACAAUGGUGUGCACGUAGAGUUAGCAGAGGAGGACGACUUGGUGAAAUCUAGUCUGAAGUUGUGGCUACGUAUGGAUGAUAACAAGAAGCUUCACGGGAAGUACAAGGACAACAACGCCAUUGAAUUCCUGUUUGAACUCUAUAAAGAUGUGCCUGAGGAGGUGGCACAGGAGAUGGUGGUGCUGGGAUUUGUAUGCGAAGCUGAUUAUAAGCUGGUUGCCAAAGCGAUGCGGGACCGAGUGACGGCCAUCAAAAGACAGCGGGAGAAAAUGCGUCGUCAGGCAGAAGAACAGAGGAAGAGGAAACAGGAGGACAACACUGAGGAGGAGCCUGAACCGCCGUCCCCCAAGCCUAUUGGCUUUGCACCUGAGAGUUCUAGCCCCUCCCCUGUACAAACUCCUCCCAUGCCGCUCCUCCCCGACCCAGCUUUCUCUCCAAUUAAUGGUUCGGUUGAGUCCGGGAUAAACGGGGGAUUUUUACCAGAGCCCGAGGAACCGGAAGCUGAUCAGCACUUUCACAUACGCCACACCAGCUGUUCCUCAGCAGCCUCUGACUGUGAGACAGACGAUUUCCUCAGUCUUUCUGGGUUACAGGAUGCCCUUGAGGUUGCCAAUGGUAAUUUCGGCAGUACUCCGACACCGUCAACCCCAGUGACCCCACCCACCAUGAGCAUAUCUGUGCCCACGCCUCCAAUGCCCGCUCUUCGGUUCCCCUCUAGUAUUGCUGUGUCCACGAACACUGAGAAAAGAGUUUCUGGACCUCCUAGUCCAUUAUCUUCACCUGUAGACAGCUAUGCCUCGGAUGUGACGUCAGGCUUGAGUGAUGGCUAUGAGGGCCAGUCAGAGAAGGGUGGUAAGACAGCAGACAGACGGACAGCAGGAAAACUGUUAAGGAGGAGGGCCCGAUCCCGUUUGCGCAUCACCAGUUUUUCUGAUGAAGUGGACAGAGUGGUUGAGUGUCAGCUCCAGACCCAUAAUGAUAAGAUGGUUACCUUUAAAUUUGACCUGGAUGGAGACAACCCAGAGGACAUUGCAGCAGUCAUGGUGCACAAAGAGUUCAUCCUGCCAUCUGAGAAAGAAGGGUUCAUCCACCGCAUGCGUGACAUCAUAAAACGGGCGAAGUCUCUGAUGGGCAAAGAAUCACCAUGUCAACAAGCCAACCAUGGCUGUGCCCGUCCCCCUUGCCUGGGUGCAGCUGACCUUCAUAUUCACAAUCUAGCUCGGACACAUUCUUCCUCCUCCCUGCCAGAUUUUGGCCCAGGUGUAGGGGGGUGGGGUUCUCCACCGGGACUGAGCAGAGACAUGACUUCACCAGCACGCCCCCUCUUACGUUCUCAGUCCUUCCACAACAGUCCAGGAUCUCCUCAUCCGUACCAGACCUAUCCCGCCUCUGCGUACCCGUCAGAGAACAUGCCACAUCUGCAGCAGUACCAGAUGCCGUCAUACAUGACCACCGCCACACGCUUCCCGUUUCCUUACCCGGUUAACGCAGGCUCCCCGAAACCAGCCCACCCACCCGUCUCUCGUAACCCCUCGUACCCCUUGUCCUCUCCUCCAUCUGCUCCUGGCUCCCCGCUGUCAGUGAACAGUGACUCCCCUGCCCAGACUCCUCUAAGUGACCCUAGUCCUCUAUCAACCCCACAAACCUCCGUCCAGCCCCCCAACAUGUGGCCUCCUCACACUCAGCCCCUUUUCUCAUUGGCCAGCGUGCUCUCCAUGGCCAUGAGCAUGGCGCAUUCUUUUAUACCGGCGCCCAGCCUGGCAUCUCCUUUGACACAGUCUAUACCCUCAAUUCCAGGCUUUCCUCCACAGCUGAGCGCUCACGUGCAAGGCCAGCCUGGGUACCCCUCUGUGUAUAUGCCCCUGUACUCUUCUCCAGUGGCUGGAGAGGGUGUGUAUGUACCAGCUGGGCUUGCAGAACAGACAGACUAUUAUCAGAAUCCUGAGGUUCAGUCUCAAUGCCAGGGAGCCCUGUACGGAAGCCCUCAGAGAACACAGCCUGCUGUCCCCAACACACAUAUGUCUGUAUCAGCGCCUGGUAUGGGAAUCUCCAUCCCCAAUAUUCCUUCUCCAGUCCCUCAGGAGGAGCUUCCUAACAACCUUUCUUAUCAGACCCAAGAGCCCCAACCAGUUUAUACUCACCAGCAGGGUUACACACACCCUUUCACAGGAAAGCCACUGGAACGCUCUCCUGACUUGAGUUCUUCUCCUCUGUUGUCCUGUUCACCACGGGGCAGCUCAGAGAGCAAUAUGUCAUCAUCCAGCCCAAGAUCACUAUCACCCGCUGCAACGACAGAAUCCAGCGCCAGUGUAUCCAAGACCAAAGAAUCCCCUCUUUCACAUGAACCAAAACCUACUGUCACGGUGGGCCGAUUCCAGGUAUCGCCCAGUAAAGAGAUCUCUGCAGCACUUCCGAGGGAAAACAGUACCACCACAUCUACUGUACCAUCAACCCUGCCCGCUGCAACCUCUGCUCUGUCCAUAUCCUCUGUUAGCUCAUCCCCAGAGAGCCCAAUAAAAGCUCUCUCUUCUCCUCAGCCAGUGCUGGUUUCCCAAGACCAACACCGCUCUACCAAGCCUAUGUUUGAACACACUAUUCAAGUAGAGAAUCUCAGUAACCAGCCCUACUCCACUGCAUAUCCUCACGAUCCACAGUUCUCAGCGGCUCCCCCUCUCCAGCCGGAGCUGAAGACAGUCCAGCUGCAAGGCAAAGAGAGAGAACAGAGUAACGAUGAAGUACACGAUGACUAUGACAAUGAUAAUGACGAAAGUGAAGUGCAGGAGGAACAGCAACGCAGGAGGAAGAGAGGUCGCAGACAAGACUGCGCUCUGACGUUGAUGGGGACGUCGGUGGACAGUGGGUUAUCGGUUGCCAUGGAAACGGAGGGACGAACGUGGGAUGGGGCCAACAGCAGCCCCCAGUAUCCUGCCCCGCUUCACAACCUUUGGAUGAGCUACACGCGCAGCUCCUCCUACCUGAGCAGCGACGAAUCAGAGAGCGAAGAUGAGGAAAUGUGGGAGGAGCUGCAGGAGCUGAGAGAGAAACACUUAUCUGAAGUGCAGAUGCUACAGGCAGUUCAGAAACGUGAGAUAGAGGAGCUGUAUGAGCGGAUGGGGAAAGUUCCACCCCCUGGCAUCGUCUCCCCUGCUGCCAUGCUAUCCAGUCGUCAGCGCCGGCUCUCUAAAGGCGGGGGUUACCCCUCCUCUCGCAGGAACAGCCUUCAGAGGCUAGACAUCUUGCCUCUUACAGGGAUUAUGAGAAAAAACUCCCUGAGUGGCAAUAGUAGCAGUAGCAGCAGUUCUCAGGAACGGCCACCUAAAGGAGUAACCUUUGCCCCCGACUGUACAAGAAUGGUAGACAACAGCUGA